CCGCCGCCGCGCCCUCGUGCAGUGCAGUUGCAGCGGCGGAGGCGCGCGGGCGCGGUGGGCGUGCAUGUGCGUGCGUGUGUGGGUGUGUUCGUUUAUUAGUUUGUUUGUGAUUGAGUUAUCCUAGCAAUCAGCUUGUUGGCAGAUACAGUGCGCUACACCAAAGGAGGCACAAGGAACACUGCUCAGCGCUCCGCGGCUGGGCGGUCUCACACAACAGCUGCCCCAGCAGACGACGCCAUGCUUCUCGCCACGCCGUCGCUCCUCGGCACCCCGGCCUGGAUGUCGCUCCUGUACGCGGCGCUGCUGCUGCUGCUCAGCCCCGCGUCCCUGCUGCUCGUGCUCGUGCUGCUGCCGCAGCUGGAGGUGCCGCAGCUGCUGCCGCUGCAGCUGGUGCGCGCCGUGUCCAGCUUCGAGACCGAGUCCAUCUGAGACAUGAUGCGGCCGAGCCCCGAGUGCACAGCCGACGUCUGCAAAUAGUGCCGCCCCGAGUCUGCCAACGAUACGCCAACGACCGCAGCAGCCCGACCACCAUGCGCGUCGCAGCGAGAAACAAGUGGUGGCUCGCGGCCGCGCUGCUGCUGAGCCUGUCGGCUGCACGCGCCGCACCCCGCGGCCGGCUGCUGCGCGUGCCCAAGGUGUACAACGCCCUCAUCACCUCCAACGAGCCGCUGCUGCCCAGCCGCACCGAGCAGGCCACCGUGGGCCAGGUGCUGUACUACCCGCCGCACCACACCUACCCCGCGUCCUCCGGCCCGCUCAUCCUCCCACAGGUGACGCCGCACCAGCCCCCUUUGCUGUACGACCCCCGCCAGCCGCAACAGCAGCAUCAGCAGCAGGGCCCACAGCAGCUCGUGUCCCUGCCCCAGGACGGCCAACAGGAGGGCCAGCAACAGCCACUCGAGCUGCACGUACAGCCCGGCCUCACGCAGGAGCAGGUCGCGCUGGCGCAGGAGCAGGAUCAGUCCACACCAUGGCCGGUGGUGUACGCGUCAGACGUCCAGCAACAGCAGCCGCAGCAGCCGCACCCGCAGCAGCACCUACAACAGCAGCAACAGCUGCAACAGCAGCAGCUGCCCCAGGACGCCGCCGGCCAACCUCCGGCGCCCUUCCCGGCGGCGCGCGCCGUCCAGACCGUCGAGGAGGUCGCCCACCCGGGCGAGUACCAGCCGCCGCCCGCCGUGGACAUCGACAGCAUCAAGAACAACCGGCCGUCGGGCGAGGGCAUCCGGGACGUGCCGCCGCCGCCCCUGCCCGUCGGGCGGGGCAACAAGGACGGCCACCGGCCCCAGCCCAUCCCUCCCGGCCUCCUGCCCUUCUGAGCAGCCACCUCCCUGCUCCACCGAGGUGGAAUGGACAAAAGCCUCGCGGCCGACUAGUCAGACCAUUCUGAUGCCGGUGAUGCGCGGGCGCAGCAGACUGAAACAAGACUACGAGUACGCCCCCUUUCCCCCCGCGUCCAAGGACAAGCUCGCCACACAUGACCUUCAAGUUAGACCACAAAUGUUAGAAACUAAACAAAAUAUCUUUUUCAUUGUUUGUAAAUGUGUAUUCUCGGUCGAAAUAAUGCCAAAGACUGACUCCCGUGACUGGCUGGCGAACUAUAGUCCGCACCGUGCUACUUCUUGCUAAUUGUAUGUUCUAGUACAACUAAUGAGGAAAAAUUUGUGAUUAACAGGACCUGAUAUAUACAUACUUUUGCUAAUAAAACAAUUUUCCACUUUGAAA